AGUGCGCAGGUGCGGCACCUGCUCCGGUCGCACAGUCAAGAUGUCCACAGUAAGGCAUUCCUGAGGCAGAGAGAGGGGGAAAGGAUAGAGGGAGAGCAAGAUGGUAGCAAUCGUCGCGCAUUGACACCUUCCCUGAGCAGAGCAUCAAGAAAGCAGGCGGUGGAGGGAGAAGGAAUGAACCAACAACAAAGAAAUAGCAGACAAAUAUGAAUGAUGAUUCGUGCCGGGUGCUGCUGUUUUUUGGCUCUGAUUCUGUGUUCCAUCCUCCAGCUUUUUGGUGCAACGGUUCUGCAUCUGAGCAAUGCUGAGAAAGACUCGUCGGUUGCAGGUACUGGUGCAACGCUGAACCACAGCAGCAAUACGAUUCAGCAAGAAAUAACGUGGCCUUUACGCUUGAUCUAUUACGUUCAUGAUGACAACGAGAGCACUUACCACAUCCUGGAUACCAAAGCCAAGAACCAGCAAAAAGAUGACCAGGCUGUGCAUCUUACUCAUGCAAGUUUCCAGAUCGAGGCCUUCGACACCACCUUUAUCCUAGAUAUUACACUGAACCAUAAUCUGCUGUCCUCUGAUUACAAGGAAAUACAUUAUGAGAAGCAAAAGACGUUCUUUUCCAAGGGUGGCGAACACUGUUACUAUCAUGGAGAGAUACGGGGGAACCCAAAGUCCAAAGUUGCUUUGUCCACCUGCGAUGGUCUUCAUGGCAUGUUUGAUGAUGGUAACUACAUGUACAUCAUUGAACCAUUAUUGCAGACACAUGAAAAGGAGAAUUUGUCAAGGCCGCACACGCUUCAUCGGAUGCCCCUUGGAUUAAUGGACAAGUUUCCACACAUGAGCAGCGUAAAGAAGGCCAGCUCUCUUUGGUCUCGAGCGGCUGACUUUCCCUGGUUCCGACCGCGCAGGAGAAGGAGAGCGGCCCAUCGUCGGAGUGUCUUCUACGAAAUGAAGUACCUGGAGCUCAUGAUCAUUAACGACCAUAAGAUGUACAAGAAACGGAGAUCAUCCCGGGCUCACACCAACAAUUUUGCCAAGUCUGUGGUUAACCUGUUGGACGCUAUCUUCAAGGACCAGCUGAACACCAGGGUGGUCCUGGUCGCCAUGGAAACAUGGUCGGACAAGGAUCGAAUCGACGUGGGCCAGGACCAGAUGAAGGCCCUACACAGUUUCUCCAAGUACAGGAAGCAGUUUGUGAGGGAGCAGGCCGACUCAGUCCAACUCCUUUCGGGCACUACAUUUAAAAGCGCCAUGAGCAGUAUGGCAUUCUUUGGAGGCGUUUGCUCGCUGACUCGAGGAGUUGGAGUGAAUGAGUAUGGGGAGGUGUGGUCAACGACUGUUGUAUUGGGGCAGAGUCUCGCACAGAAUUUGGGCAUUCAGUGGGAGUCUGAAUCCAAGAGAAAAAAGGAAUGUGAGUGUCCAGGCUCGUGGGCAGGAUGCAUCAUGGAAGACACUGGGUUUUACCAUCCCCGCAAGUUUUCCAAGUGCAGUAUAAUGGAAUACAAAGAGUUUCUACAGAGAGGUGGAGGAGCAUGUCUCUUCAAUAGACCAACAAAGUUGUUUGAAGCCACGGAGUGCGGAAAUGGAUACGUGGAGUCCGGGGAGGAAUGCGAUUGUGGGCUGCGAAUGGAAUGCUUUGGGACCUGUUGUAAGAAAUGCUCCCUUGCCAAUGGUGCGCACUGCAGCGAUGGACCCUGCUGCAAUCACACUUGCCAGUUCCUGAAGCGAGGCUACGACUGUCGAGAUGCUGUGAACGAUUGCGAUAUCGCCGAGUUCUGCACCGGAGAUGUGGGCCAGUGCCCGCCUAACCUCCACAAGCAGGAUGGAUACGCCUGUGACUUGAACCAGGGCCGCUGCUUCAAUGGGGAGUGUAAAACGAGAGACAACCAGUGCAAACUGAUUUGGGGCUCAAAGGCCCUAGGGUCGGACAAGUUUUGUUACGAGAAGCUCAACACGGAAGGUACCGAGAAAGGGAACUGUGGGAAGGAGGGCGAUAAGUGGCUGCAAUGCAGUAAACAUGGUAGUCACAUCAUUAUGGACGAUGGGACAGACCUGGGCUAUGUUAAGGAUGGUACCCCCUGCGGACCAUCAAUGAUGUGCUUGGAGAGGAGAUGCCAACCCAUCCAGUCGUUCAACAUCAGUAUUUGUCCAAGUGGAUCAUCGAUAAAGAUAUGCUCUGGACACGGGCUCUGCAGUAACGAGGGAACCUGCAUCUGUGAGGGGACCUGGGCAGGAACGGACUGCAGCAUGUACGACCCCAAGCUCGAGGACUCCAAGAAGCCACCCGAGGGCCCCAAGGGUCCUAGCGCCACCAAUCUUAUAAUAGGGUCCAUCGCAGGCGCCAUCCUGGUGGCUGCUAUUGUCCUUGGGGGUACAGGAUGGGGUUUUAAAAAUGUCAAGAAGAGGAGAUACGAUCCCAGCCAGGGCGGAGGGAUAUGAAGACAGGCAAAGCAUCACCUCCUGGACUCUGCCCCUGUGGAUUCUGGGUACAACCGCUUAGCAUAAACUGUCAUGGCUUGGCUCACAGUAGAAGCACAGGAGCACAGAGCCUGUACACCCAACGUAACGUUGCCUCGUUAUGCUCCACAUGAUGGGGAGAGACACAAGCAAACUACAGCCAUAAGGCUACACUUUUCCUCCAAACUCUUCCCCCACCUGGCCACCCCUCACCAUCAACCUGAGAUUUAUUGGGGUGAGGGUGUGGUGGGGUGGGCUCCAAGUACAUGCUGAGGAAAAUUGGACUUGCUACUCACCUGGACAUCCUGCUGUGACGCGAAGGAGACAGGCGACCACAACUCGAUGUCGCCCAAGAUCUCACUGCGCAUGAGUUUUUUCCCCUUUUACUUUGCAUCCCCGAGCAGGCACUACUCUUCCAUGCGCAUCGUGUUCUCUUCCCAAAGGUGUACUUGCAUGGAAAUAAAAUAAAAACACAACAAAAAAAAAAAAAAAUCAGAUCGCAGUAAAGAGCGUUGCAGCACCUAUCGAUGGAUGUCUCACAGCACUUUUUUUUACUUCCAUGGAGGUUAAAAUGGUCAAUAUCUGCACCCAAUCUCAGGUCCACGUCUCAGCUGUUUAAGAAGAUUUAUUUUCUCUCUGGUUUACAAGCGGAGCAGCAACAGAACACUCUGUGAAAACGCAGGUUGUAAGGAUUCCUUCUCACCGCAGUAUAUUUGUGUUAAUGUAUCGCAGGUGUUUUAUGAUGAUUGGACAUUAUUUCAGGUGAAUGUUAACUCCCUUACCUCAUGCUCCAGAGCCACAACUUUAUAUGGGUUUCAUUGCAUCUUUUCCACAACCAUGCAGCAUAUAAGUAAUCUGAUCGAGUCAGCUUGGAACAGGUCACCCUUCCUCAUUGGAUGACGGAGGGAUGUAUCGAUGCUCAGUUGUGAAUACCCAUUGAUACAGGUUGCAAGACCAUUUCAGGUUUGUUCUCAUGCUUCUGGAAACAAAAAUUGCAACAAAACAAAAUCUCCUUUAAUGGAUGGAAAAAUUAACAUAUUAUGUGCAGUACUAGUUAGGAAUAUGUAAGAAAAAUGUUGAUGUAUCCAUCCUAUAUUCUGCUCUGCGUUCCAAGAAGUAACAAGCCUAAUUGGUCAAUGAUGUCCACACUUGUGUUGGACUGCACUACCCAAUUGUGCUCUGUUCAUUCCACAUCUCUGACGGACAGCUGAGCUUUAUCUAACCUACAGAGGUCCAAUUUCCCAGUGAUGCUGACCUGUUUCAGUACAGCCGUUAACCAACAUUCUUCUGAAAGGGAGAUAUGGUUGUGAUAAUUCAGAGUCUUUACAGAUGUCAUGACUAUUUCUAUUUAGAAUGUAAAUUGUGGUUUAAAAACUGUCGAACAUCUUAUAUAUACACAUAUAUAUUAAAAUAAUUCUGUGUAUGGACAUUUGUGGCAAAACCACCUUUGACAUGGAGUAAACCAUUCUAUGGAAUUGCUAUAACCUGUGUAUUUGGAGCCCUGUCAGGGUGUUCCUGGAUAUUGAACCAGCAACAUCAAGAAGUGAUUAUAUCUUAACAAGUCAGCUUAAGUUGUCUCUAGAGGAGGUACUUGGGAUGGGAUGAUCUCGCCACACAUUUGCUGCCAUCGCCCUGCAAGAUGCUGGAAGUCGUGGGAUUAGAUAAUGCUGUUGAAAAGACCUGGUCAAUCCUUCAGCAAGAGAGUGGAGCUGACGUGUACGAAUGAUGCAAAAUGCACUGUUAUAUGGUCUUAAAGCCAAAAUAGCAAUAGAAGACUUUGCAUGAGAGAAGUGGAGUAGGGUUGUGAUUGUAUUGGGGAUAAUAGCAGUAGUGUCCAGUCCCUUGGCAAACAUUAAUCAGGCCAACUUGUUACUAAUGGCAUGACAAACCCAAAGAUCGACAAUCCCCAAACCAGGUCUCAAAAGAAAUCAGGGGGAGGAAAAAUUAAAAACAAAUUUUCCUACAGGAAACAAUUUCUACAUCCAACACAGUGUAAACGUAUACCUACAUGAUGCUUCAUCAUGUUUGCAACCACUUGGAAGGGUGGUUACUCCAGAUGUGCCCGCUCUGUCUAGUGUUAUUGGGGGUUUUGUGUCCUCAACUCCAACCAGCACACUGCCCCAACCCCCACUGCUCCUCUGGCACUUUUCUGACAUUGGCCUUCAGUUGCCUGUUUGGGUGAUUUUCUUCCCUGUCAAUCAAACUGCCUUUGCCAUCAACAUUUUUUUAAUAACUGAUAAAUGGAAGUGUUAUUUUUUAAAGUCUGCAACUUUUAUUUUCCUACUGGGUUGCACCUGGCACUGCACCAGAGUUUAAACUUCAUUUCUGAGAAACUCUGGGGCAUUUCUGGAGGGUUGGGCAGUCCGAUGUCCCUCUCUGUGGCUUGGUAACCUCAAGAAAAUUGGUUCACUCAGCAUGCAACCUACUGAGGUCAGAGUAGUCUCGAUAGUAUCUCCACCAUGCCAUCUGAAUGGACACCUGCCUUGCCCAUCAUAUCCCCUAUAUAGCUGCUGCUUCGAUAAUGUAUAUAAACAUUAGUCAUUCUAGAGAAGACAAAAACCUUGGCUAUUACUGGGAUGCUGCAUGCAGUAACAUAAUGAAGCUUGCAUCAUCUUCGUUGAGAAAUACAAGAAUAAUCUCAGCAGGACUAUGCUGACAGGUGCAUGGGGGAAAGAAAGAAAAGAUUAACAAAUACAUCUUUUUUAUUUACUAUGCAAAAAUGUGUAUUGCACACACCUAUCCACAACAAAAACACGGUAUGAACUGAAAAAUACUUGAAAAUCAUGAAAUAAUUUUUUUUUAUAUACUCAAUUCACUUCUGUUCGUAGAAGUUGUACUUAAUAAUGAUAUGCCGUGAAUGGAAUGUCUUAUUCAAUCUUUAGUAAUAUGACAGCACUGGGUUUAUUUUCAUUAAAGAUCACCACACUAAAAGAGAAAAUGUUAUGGCUAAUUUAUGUUCAGUGUUAAUAUUCUCUGUGUGACAGGACCAUCACAAUAUGGCAGUGGAAGAGAUUGUCAGUGAAUGCUAAGCCAUUGCCCAGGGAGAAGGCGGAGGGUUACAUUUACUGGCCGAUUUCUACACACCUGCUACAAGAUAUGCAAUAAAUCUUCAUAUGUGUGUCAUCUUUGAGUACAAGAAGAUGACAUGCUUGCACCACAUCUCAUUUCAUGUCUUAAAAUAAUAUAAUGAUGGGCAAGAAAUUCUGUGGCACAACAUGAUUUUUAUUUGCUAGAUAGACGGAUAGAUAGAAAAUAGGUGCUGGAGGAGGCCAUUCGGCCAUUCGAGCCAGCACCACCAUUCAUUGUGAUCAUGGCUGAUCGUCCCCUAUCAAUAAUCCGUGCCUGCCUUCCCAUAUCCCUCGACUCCACUAGCCCCGAGAGUAUCUAACUCUCUCUUAAAUCCAUCCAGUGAUUUAGCCUCCACUGCCCUCUGUGGCAGGGAAUUCCAUAAAUUCACAACUCUCUGGGUGAAAACGUUUUUUUCUCACCUCAGUCUUAAAUGACCUCCCCUUUAUUCUAAGACUGUGGCCCCUGGUUCUGGACUCGCCCCACAUUGGGAACAUUUUUCCUGCAUCUAGCUUGUCCAGACCUUUUAUAAUUUUAUAUGUUUCUAUAAGAUAUCCCCUCAUCCUUCUAAACUCCAGUGAAUACAAGCCUAGUCUUUUCAAUCGUUCCUCUUAUGACAGUCCCACCAUCCCAGGGAUCAAUCUCGUGAACCUACGCUGCACUGCCUGAAUCACAAGGAUGUCCUUCCUCAAAUUAGGAGACCAAAACUGUACACAAUACUCCAGAUGUGGUCUCACCAGAGCACUAUACAACUGCAACAGAACAUCUUUACUCCUAUACUGAAAUCCUCUUGUUAUGAAGGCCAACAUUCCAUUAGCUUUCUUCACUGCCUGCUGAACCUGUAAGCCAACUUUCAGUGACCGGUGUACAAGGAUGCCCAGGUCUCGCUGCACCUCCCCCUUACCUAACCUAACCCCAUUGAGAUAAUAAUCUGCCCCCUUGUUUUUGCCACCAAAGUGGAUAACCUCACAUUUAUCUAUAUUAUACUGCAUCUGCCACGCAUCUGCCCACUCACUCAACCUGGCCAGGUCACACUGCAACCUCCUAACAUCCUCUUCACAGUUCACACUGCCACC